AUGUCUGACUACGUUCUUGGUGCCCUCUGGGCCUGGUUUGCCUACGAUGAGGCUCUCACUAAGUACCUCAUGAAGAAGGCCAAGCCUAUCCCUCUUCCUGAGGAGCCCACCUACAAGAGCACCGAUGUCAGCAUCAUUGUCGCCACCAUCAACACCCCCGACACCUUCACCGAUUGCCUUCGUCUCUGGCUUGCGAACAAGCCCAAGGAGAUCAUCAUCGUCACUAUUGAGCGCGACUUACAGCGCGUUCUUGACCUCGUCAAGCCCGUCAAAAAUGACGGCGAUGAUCGUAUCAGUGUCGAGAUAGCUGAGUACGCCAGCAAGCGUUACCAGAUGGUCGUCGGCAUCAAGCAGGCCAAGGGCAAGGUCGUUGCUCUUGUUGAUGAUGAUGCCUUCUGGGGCACUCUGGUCCUUCCCUACCUCUUGGCUGGUUUUGAGAUCCCCAAGAUUGGUGGCGUCACUGGCAAGCAGAGUGCCAACAUCAGCGCCGAACGCCGCAACCCAGCCGUCAUCACUCCCUGGGAGGUUGCCUCCCUCCGCUCCCUGGACAACCAGAACAAUAUCCAGGCCGUCCGCUCCGCUGCUGAUGGCGGAUGCUGGUGCAUGGUUGGUCGCACCAUGAUGGUCCGCACCGACAUUGUCAUGGACCCUCGCUUCAUGGAGGCCAUCACCAACGACAAGUGGUGCGGCCAGGUCAUGAACACUGGCGAUGAUGUCUUCCUCACCCGCUGGCUCCUUACUAAGGGCUGGGAUAUUGCCGUCCAGAAUGCCCCCGAGGCUGAGAUCACUACUCUCGUCAUGCAAGACUCUGACCUGCUGUAUCAGAUGAUCCGCUGGCAGCGCAACGCCAUUCAGUCGUUCCUCACCACCGUGAUCUACCAGCCUGGCAUUGCCACGUUCAAGAAGAAGCACCCUUACAUGGCUCGCAAAAUGGUCGAGCGUCUUCUUCGCCCCGUCAUCGCCUGGGUCCACAUCAUCGCCUUCAUGAAGUGCCUCUUCAACCAGUCGCCCAUCGCUUACUUCGUUGCUGGCUACUACAUCUGGGGCUGGUUCUGGACCUACAACGCCUUCGCUCGCCGCUUCCCUUGGGCCUCUCGCCACAUCUGGGCCUGCUUCCUGCUCGACAAUGCCCACCCCAUCCUCGAUGUCUAUGCUUGGCUGACCUUGAGCACCGAGGCCUGGGGCACCCGUGAUACUUGA